AUGGCGGGCACCAGCAAUGAGGAGAGCCCCGACUACAGCACCUGGAGUAAUUCCAGCCUGAUUGAGCGCAUCACGGAACUUGAGCGCCAGCUGCACUCGCAGACCACGCAGUAUACGGCACCAACCCCCGUGCUCGGCGAAGCCAUACCCCGCGCACCGAUUGCUACGGAUGUGAGCGAACCUGCGAUUCCUCUUGCUGAUACACUCGCCAGCUCCUCGUCCUCGAAGAAGAAGCGUCUGCACUCUCCAGAUGGCGGCGAUAUCUGUCAUGCACCUGGGCGGUCGCGCCCUCAUAAGGAGGAGCGUGGGUUUGAUCCGUCGAAAUAUCAAACGCGGUUCAUUGCGCUCAAGUUCGCCUACUUGGGUCAGCGGUACAAUGGCCUGGAACAUACCAAUGGGAAUACCACACCGCUGCCUACGAUUGAGGAGACUCUAUGGAAGGCGCUGCGUCGGACAAGAUUGAUUCUUCCGCAGACCUCGUCUCCCGCAGACGAGCCGGACGAUGCCCAUCCCAGAGAGCAGCGGCCCUACUCCAUUCAUUGGGAUGGGUGUGAUUACUCGAAAGCCGGAAGAACUGAUCGCGGUGUGAGUGCUUUUGGACAGGUCGUUGGUCUCAGAGUUCGUAGCGCGAGGCCACAGCCGAAACCCAAGGCUGCGACUGAGCAGGAGGGUCUACAAGAUGGUGAUGCCAUGCAGGUCGAAGAACCGUCUGCAGAUUCGGACUGGGACGAUAUCGCGGAUGAGAUUGCCUAUAUACAAGUUCUGAAUAGGGUGCUCCCCGAGGACAUUCGAGUUCUCGCUUGGUGCCCUCACCCUCCCGAGGGAUUCGAUGCCCGAUUCUCCUGCCGUGAGCGCCGUUAUCGGUACUUCUUCACUCAGCCGGCGUUCUCCCCCACACCCGGCGCCUUUGGCUUUGAGAACCGCGCAGGAACCGGCAAGGGCGAGCGCACCAAAUACCGCGAGGGCUGGCUGGACAUUGACGCAAUGCGCGAAGCCGCCAAACACUUCGAGGGUACACACGACUUCCGGAACUUUUGCAAACUCGAUACAAGCAAGCAGAUUGAGAACUUUGAGCGCAUCAUCUACCAUUCUGACAUCCAACUCGUGAACCCGAAAACCAACCCUCUGGGAUAUGUCGGCCAACCUGGAUUCCAGAUCACAGAGGACUUUGAAGCAGAUGUGGACAUGUUGUCUUCGCAAAAGCCCGAGCCUACCACUCCUCAGGUAUACUCCUUCAACUUGUAUGGAUCUGCCUUUUUGUGGCACCAGGUGCGCCACAUGGUGGCCAUCCUCUUCUUAGUCGGUCAAGGACUCGAGUCUCCGUCCAUUGUUCCAGAGCUGUUGGAUAUUAUCAAAAAUCCUCGGAAGCCAUCAUAUGAGAUGGCCUCCGAUGCGCCACUAGUCCUGUGGGACACUAUCUUCCCAGAUGAGAGCACAGGUAGCCGAGAUGAUGCUCUAGAUUGGGUUUAUGCGGGCGAUCCACGCCUCAACAAGAGCCGCAGUGCUAAGGGUGAUAGCAAGUACGGCUUGAACGGUGCUGUCGAGAGCCUGUGGACAGUCUGGAGACAGCGCAAAAUGGACGAGAUCUUGGCUGGAGCACUGCUAGACUUGGUCGUCAGUCAAGGUGACCACAGCAUGGUGACAAAGAUGGACGGCAAGCAGGGAACUGGCAAGAAGCAGAGCAGAGGCGCCAAGAUCUGGUUGGGAGGAGACGAUGCUCGCACAGGUGGAAGAUAUGUACCCGUUCUGCAAAAAUCGAAAACGGAAUCUGUGGAUGUCCGGAAUGCCAAGUGGCUCGCGGCUAAGCAGCGUAAAGACGCCAUCAAGGCCGCGGCGGUGCAGAAAGACGAGGUUUAA